CACUGACUCCAAGAGCUUAAAAAGGGCCCGGGAGGGUAAACCGCGCAGGUUUGGCCCUGAUUCGAGUGUGCCGGGUCUCUCCCCAAGGGUUUCCUUGCGUUUCAGCACACCGGGUGUGUGUGCGCGCCUGGCUGUCUAGCGGGCGGCUAGGCCCCUUCGCCCCAGCUCCGCGCUCGCUCAGCUCCUGCACCGCAGCCCAGCAGAGAGACGCGCGCGCCGCCGGCUCCGUGCGGGAUGGAGCAGACCGAGGUGCUGAAGCCACGGACGCUGGCUGAUCUGAUCCGCAUCCUGCACCAGCUCUUCGCAGGAGAUGAAGUCAACGUAGAGGAGGUGCAAGCCGUCAUGGAAGCCUACGAGAGCGACCCGGCCGAGUGGGCAGUGUACGCCAAGUUCGAUCAGUACAGGUAUACCAGAAAUCUUGUGGACCAAGGAAAUGGAAAAUUUAAUCUGAUGAUUUUAUGUUGGGGUGAAGGACAUGGCAGCAGUAUUCAUGACCACACCGACUCCCACUGCUUUCUGAAGAUGCUACAGGGAAAUCUAAAGGAGACGCUAUUUGCCUGGCCUGACAAAAAGUCCAAUGAGAUGAUCAAGAAGUCUGAAAGAGUCUUGAGGGACAACCAGUGUGCCUACAUCAAUGAUUCCAUUGGCUUGCAUCGAGUGGAGAACAUCAGCCACACAGAACCUGCUGUGAGCCUUCACCUGUACAGUCCACCUUUUGAUACGUGCCAUGCCCUUGAUCAAAGAACAGGGCACAAAAAUAAAGUUACCAUGACAUUCCAUAGCAAAUUUGGAGUUAGAACUCCAUAUACGACUUCCGGUUCACUGGAGAACAACUAAGGAACACCACCUCCUGAGAUUUUACUUUAAGUUCCUCUGUACGUUUGCCUAGGACAGAAAUACAUGUGCUGUCCAGUAAAACACUUAAGUAAGCCCAUACUUAGAUCUACUGUCAGGCAGAUGCAAAUUGUAAGGCAUUAAGUGCCCUGAGCUACUCCAGAAGAAAAACCCCAUUAAAGGAAAAGGUACUGUGAUUUUUUUUAAGGCCAAAUUAAGUUCUGUCAUCAGUUAGGGUUUUUAUAGCUUUUGGAAACACUUUUGUCUCUAAACUGUAAUUAGCAAUAAGUGAAAAACAAGAAACCACAAAGAUCAAAUGUCUGCUUUGUUACCUGAGAGAUUAAAUGUAGUUGUCUUUAAUAUCCUUUGUAUGUUCUUAAUAUUUGAAGAGAAUUUUUUCAAAUCCUUGGAUUUUAUUUUUUCAAUCUUAUUUCACUAAUUCCUUUUCUGUGAAUAAUAGAUAGAGGAACUUAAGGCAUUUUGCCAUUUGGUAAUGAAAUGAAGAGCAGAAGAUCUAGAAUAGUACGGUUCCCAGACCUACAGCAAACCAAACUCAUGUCUGUGUCCCAUGGUCAUAGUCACUGAUUUUAUACUGCUACCCAAAUUGCCAGAUUUAAUAAAACUGGAUUUGAACACAA